CUAGGGAAACCAGUCAGCCUGAGCUACAGAUGUCCCUGCCGAUUCUUUGAGAGCCACGUCGCCAGAGCCAACGUCAAGCAUCUCAAAAUCCUCAACGCUCCGAACUGUGCCCUUCAGAUUGUGGCAAGACUGAAGAGCACCAAUAGACAAGUGUGCAUUGAUCCAAAACUGAAGUGGAUUCAGGAAUACCUGGAGAAAGCUUUAAACAAGAGGUUCAAGAUGUGAGAGGCGCAGGUUGGGUCAGACGCCUGAGGAAACCUUUCAGUAGGAGCCCAGGUCUGAAACCAGUGUUAGGAAAGGGGCUGCAGCCACCCCCUGCACCCAGGCAGGGUCAGCUGCACUGCCAGGGGCCUUGUCUUGUGCAGUUUGCCUUUCUUUCACCAUUUGAUUAUGUAGCAAAAAUAAUAUGGUGUUUAUUCCUCAUAUAGUUUGAUUAUCCAGUGUCAUUGGCAACAGAUAAGAACUUAGACUAAGGCCACUAUUUUACUUGCUUUGUUAUAAUAUCUUUCCCACGGAGCCUCUCAUCUGGCCAGAGGUUCCUAAGUUGUAUGUCUCUCUGAGUGAUGCAGGAUAGAACCCCAGAACCCUAGACAGAGGGAGCCUUGCCCGCAUCACCAUGUCCAGUGUGGAGAGCCACCAGGAGGUGUCAGCACCAGUCAGCAUGGGCAGACCCUAGGGAAGGCUGCCCUGUGCAAGGGGUGGUGGACGAAUAGGUUCCAGGGUGCCCUUCCUCGGGGUGAGAGCAAGGGUUGUCCCCUUUACUGAGCAUCGCAGGGUUGCCCUGAGCUAAGGCAGGCAGCAGUGUCACAGGGCAGGGUGAGGUGCAGCCCGCAUCCCCAGCUCUCCUCUGCAUCCCAUCACGUCCUUCCCAUCAUUGUCUCUGUCAUCCAUCAUCAUGUGUAUCCAAGACUGUCUCCGUGACCCCGGAAAAGGACUCUCUCAAGACCAAAGCUUUACUUUAAACUGGGCACCAAGGAGCAAAUCAAAAUGUCUCGUGUUCCCCGGUCCUGAAAACACUGUGCACAUCUGUGUCUUGUUUGGAAUAUUGUCCGUUGUCCAAUCCUGUGUUUUUGUUCAAAGCCAGUGUCUCGGUGCAUGCGCUGUCAGUACAUCCUGUGCCAAGGCUGAGAGUGAGGAGAUGCCCCUCGGGGCCUUUGACCAAGUUUCUGAUCCUUGUGGGGUGGAACCUUGGUUUCCUCAUGAUCACAAACCCACGGCGGGUCACCAGAGCCCAAGGGAAUUCAGUUUGCUGCAGUAUUGACCUCCGAGGAUACAGACCCUCAGGGCUUCUAUAAUUAUUGGUAUCUCAGAACCACAGAGAGUUUUGUUUUCAGGGAAUAACCAGAAAAGAAUUUUCAACUGAUUUUUGGUUUUGAAAGCCCAAUCCACAAGACAGUCAAUCUGGACAUGAAGACUCCUUCCCAGUUAAAAUCUCACUUCAUCUUUUUCACCAUUUGACCAUCCCAUCACAUCUUACCUUGCACAGUGGCCCCUCGACCUUCACUGCUCUAUCAUCUUGUCCUUCCAAGACGUCCAGCAGGGCAUUCCUCUUAGAAAAGAAAAGCUGGUUUCCCUUUACUGUGAUCAGUUUGUAGAGUUGCAUUAAACGAUUUUUCAAAAAUUCACUUUCUGAAAAAGUAGGCUCUUGAGGGGGUUUUUCUUGUUUUGUUUUUCAUUUGGCCUCACUCCUCCUUUUCCUCUGGUUAGAUUCCAGUACAUUUUUUUUAAAUUAAAUAGAAAAAAAAAGAAGGGCAAAACAAGGAAAUGUAUCCAUGGACAGGAUGCUGUAAAUAACAUGCAGAAAGUAUAUUCUAGUAAAACAAUCUUGAAUUUUAGGUGUUCUUAGAUUAAAGCAUCUGGUUUAUCAGUAACAGGGUGUAGACAUUUCCAUAAACAUCCCUUUAAAUUAGAUCUUCAUGGUAGAUGGAGAAGCCAUCAAUGAAACAGAAAUUUACAUUCUCAAACCAGCUUUGUUAAAAAAAAAAUAGAAGUUUGGAGGGGUCUUUGUGAGUUAUUAGGGAUAUAGAACUGAUUUCAAAACCUUCUUUUGAAAUUAACCUGUCAGCCCUGCAGGGCUCCUGAAUUAUACAUGAAAUGAUUGAAUUUUCAGUGGGAGAGUCAUUUUCCAAGUAAUCCAACAUAUUUUAAAAACUCAUGGAAAAUUUGGAAACAUCUUUCCCAGGGACCCAGGAACCAGAACCAUUAGAUUUCUUACUCCAAGAAAAUUAAUGCAGCCCUAAAUCUUGACUACAGUUAGAUUGAGAAUAAUUUCUGUUUCUCCCCUAUGGGGGGCAAUAGGUAAGAGGAGAAUGGCAGGGGAAAUGAUUUGUGUGACAAUUCCUCUCCUUUUGGGAUCUGCUCCAAGGUGGAGACUGCCCAGCUAAAGCAAAUAUGCAUUUAAAUAGUCCAUUUGCAAAGGAAAAGGAUCUCUGAAUCUCCAUUUGCUUUCAAAAUAUAAGGUCAAUGCAUCACUUUGAUUAGUGGUGACCCAGCUUUUCCUCCUGGGUCAGUACUGCCUCUCCCUGACCUUCCCUUGGGCUCCCCAUAACCUCCAGAGUGGUCCUCCACUGCCAGCCUUUGCAUCAGGACCCGGGCAGGGAAGACUGGGGGACUGAGCUCACAGACAUGCUGUGUGUUGGAAUCCGAAUCUGUGCUUUGUGUUGUUUGCACUGUUCUUUGUCCUGCUCCAGCCAGGUGCUGAGACCCCAGCGAGGAUGCUCAGAAGGGGCCCUCUGCCUGACUGUCUGUCCUCCAGAGAAUGGAGGGUCAGCUUGGAGCAGAGGGCCUGAUUAGCAAAAGGUUGCAGUCCCCACGUGUGAAGCCCAGAGAACUUCUUUUCAUUGGAUCUGAUCUGACCUUCCUUUCCUGACUACCGCCUGGUGUUAUCACUGUGGGAUCUCACUGGGAGUUCAUCCCCUUCCCCAGGUGGUGCACCCUUGUGUCGCUGCAUGUGAAUUGUGGGGUCCUGAUCCCUCUACAAUCUUCCCCGAAGGGAGCCCCAUCUCUGGGAAAUGCUCCCUAGAAACCUCCCGGCCCCCUAAGGAGACCACUGACAUGGCCAGGUUGAAAAAUCCCACAGGUAACCUGUUACUCUGUAACCUCGCUGGACUCUCAGUCUCUGAGCAGUGAUGGGGUCAGUGUUAAAUGUGAUAAAUACUGUAUCGUGUAUUGUUUAAAUUGCAUCUCCCACAUAAUGUGAAAAUGGUCCAGGAGAAGGCAGCUUCCUGUAUGCAGUGUGCUUUUUUUUUUUUUAACAAGUAACAACUCCUUUUGAGAAACAACAAUUUCUACUUUGAAAUCAUAUCAAUGGAAAGAUGUAUAUGCACUUAUAAUUUUCCUAAUAAAGACAUGUAUGCAAAU